AAUAUAGAGAAUAUAGAGAGGAGUUUGAUUGAGUAAGAAGAGGAAGAGGAAGAGGAAGUGAAAAAAUGGCGAGCAGGUACUGGGUGGUGUCUCUGCCUGUCCAAAACUCGGCGUCGUCUUUAUGGAACCGCCUCCAGGAUCAAAUCUCCAAGCAUUCCUUCGACACUCCCCUCUACAGAUUCAAUAUUCCCAAUCUCCGCGUCGGAACCCUCGAUUCUCUUCUCUCCCUCAGCGACGAUCUCUUAAAGUCCAACAACUUCGUAGAGGGUGUUUCUCACAAGAUCAGGCGCCAGAUCGAGGAGCUAGAGAGGGUUUCUGGAGUCGAGAGCAGCUCUCUCACCGUGGAUGGAGUUCCAGUGGAUUCAUACCUCACUAGGUUCGUUUGGGAUGAAGCUAAGUUCCCGACAAUGUCUCCUUUGAAGGAGGUCAUCGACAGCAUUCAUGGUCAAGUUGCAAAGAUCGAGGAUGAUCUCAAGGUUCGGGUAGCUGAGUAUAACAAUGUUCGCAGUCAACUUAAUGCUAUCAACCGAAAGCAGAGUGGAAGCUUAGCAGUCCGUGAUCUUUCCAAUUUAGUGAAAUCAGAGGACAUCGUUGUCUCGGAACAUCUGGUGACCCUCCUUGCAAUUGUUCCCAAGUACUCUCAGAAGGAUUGGCUGUCAAGCUAUGAGACCUUGACUAGUUAUGUGGUCCCUAGGUCCUCUAAGAAGUUAUUUGAAGAUAACGAAUAUGCUCUUUACAGUGUAACACUGUUUGGUCGAGUUGCAGAUAAUUUUAGAACAAGCGCUCGUGAAAAGGGAUUCCAAAUUCGUGAUUUUGAAUAUAGUUCUGAAGCACAAGAAAGUCGAAAGCAGGAGUUGGAAAAAUUGGUACAAGACCAAGAAAAUUUAAGAAGCUCGCUUUUGCAGUGGUGCUAUACCAGUUAUGGGGAGGUGUUCAGCUCCUGGAUGCAUUUUUGUGCUGUACGUGUGUUUGCUGAGAGUAUUCUGAGAUAUGGCUUACCACCAUCUUUCUUGGCAUGUGUUUUAGCUCCAGUUACAAAAAGUGAGAAGAAAGUACGAUCAAUCCUUGAGGGGCUGUGCGACAGUUCUAACAGUACUUUCUGGAAAACUGAAGAUGAAGUGGGGAUGGCUGGUCUAGCAGGUGAUGCGGAUGCACAUCCGUAUGUUUCAUUUACAAUCAAUCUUGUUUGACUGGCGCAGCACGAUGCAGUGUCUCAGUUUCAAAUUCUGAAUCUGAGGAUUCCUUUGGACAGCAAUAAUAGUGCGGACGGGUUCAAGGAUACUUUGUACAUUAGGAUCAAUAACUGUCGCCGUUGUUAACUAUUUCUAAGUGCUGCUUUGGGAGUUUCCAUGAGCGUUUUAUGUCUGUUUUUAUAAGAGUGAAACUUAUGGGAGGUUCUACCAUCUCGAAAUUUGUAGUUUUAGUUUGUUUUCGGGUUUCUGUUUACCAGUAACUACAAAGCUUGAAAUACAUUGUACCUUUUUAUUUAUUUAUUUGAUAUGAUCCAAAUAAUACCUCGAGGUUCCGAUUAAA